GGAGAGCGCGUGAGCCGGAGCCGUGGGAACAUGCCAGAGGUUCCGUCCGAAGCUCCGGAGGUGUCCCGGAAAAGGGGUGCUGAUCCAGGCCCGCUAAUCAAGCACGGCCCGGAGAGGAAGAGGGCCUGCUGGGGAAUUCUGACCAGCCAAGGGUCGUGGGCAGAUCGCUCUCCUCUCCAUGAAGCAGCCUCUCAGGGUCGACUGCUUGCCCUGCGCACUCUGCUAGCCCAGGGUUAUCACGCUAACAUUGUGACCAUUGACCAUGUGACCCCUCUCCAUGAAGCCUGCCUGUCGGGACACGUAGCAUCUGUGAGACUGUUAAUAAAUGCUGGAGCUAAUGUAAAUGCCGCAACCAUCGAUGGGGUCACUCCUCUGUAUAACAGUUGUGCCUCUGGGAGUGUUGGUUGUAUGGAGCUGCUGCUGCAGAAUGGAGCACACACACACACGACACACACACACUAUCCCUCGCCUUUGCAUGAAGCCUGCAAAAGAGGAAACAGCCAGUGUGUGGAGUCCCUACUCUGUAAUGGAGCAGAUCCCGACUAUGAAGUGUCCCACUUGGGCUCUCCCCUUUACAUGAGCUGUCUAUACCAACACACAGCCUGCUCAAAGAUGCUGCUGCACAGAGGAGCCAAUGUUAACGUUGGCAGAGGAGGCGACAGCCCUCUGCAUGCAGCUGUCAGACAGGGCAGUGCCGAUCAGGUGUCAGUGUUACUGGACUACGGAGCAGACGUCAACCUCAGAGACAGUAACAAUCAGCGGCCGGUGGAAGUCGCGCCUCCUGGUGGAAAAACGCAACAGCUGCUGCUAGCGUUUGAAGUUUCUCCAAGGAGUCUCUGCCAGUUGUGUCGUCUCCAAAUCAGAAAGCUGCUUGGACGAUCCAGGCUGACGUUGCUCCCCCUCCUUCCUCUUCCUUCCAGGCUCACUCACUAUCUGGAGCACACAUAGGCUGAUGGACACACGCUUAGGCAGCCACUUCUUUAACCUUUUGAGUUUGUGUGUACCUUGUUGUUUGUAUGAAGAGUUGAAACCAGAAGUUUACAUCCACUGUAUAAAAAGACAUUUAACCUUU